UCCCCACACAGACACAACACACACAUCCGUGAAAGAAACAAGCACAUAGAAACAAAUACAUCGCUAGCUCGCCACCAACAAUGGCCUCAAGGUACUCUAUCCUGCUUGCCACAACGGCACUGGCUAUGUUGUUCGCAUUCGGUUCGUGCACCACCCCACUCACCUUCCAGGUCGGCAAGGGCUCCAAGCCUGGCCACCUGGUUCUCACCCCUAACAUUGCCACCAUCUCUGACGUGGAGAUCAAGGAGCAUGGCGGCGACGAUUUCUCCUUUACACUCAAGGAGGGCCCAGCUGGCACUUGGACGCUCGACACCAAGGCCCCGCUCAAGUACCCCCUCUGCAUCCGCUUUGCUACCAAGUCUGGCGGCUACCGUAUCGCCGAUGAUGUCAUCCCCGCCGAUUUCAAGGCUGGCACCACCUACAAGACCACUCUCAGCAUCUAAUCAGCCUCUGAUAAGUGAUGACGAAUAAUAUUUCGAAAGAGCUCAUCUAGUCCACGUGCCAACGAGCCAAUAUUUAAAUUUUUUCUAUGGUUAUUUUGUGGCACAACACCAUCUCUUCCUGUGCCUUGUUGUGUUGGUUGAUUUUAUUACAUGAAUUGAAAUACACUGCUUAUUUAA